AUGUGCGGCGUGGUCGUGAUGGUCAUUCUCCGUGCGUCAGCGCUCUGCAACUUGCCCUCUGUUCAGUCGAAGCGGAUUUCCAGAGAGAGGUUCCAUGGCGGCCGGCGGAGAGUUCGUCGAAGGCUGGCUAGUGGCUCAGGUACUGGGCGAGGGGGCCUAUGGAGAUUGGAGAGGCGUUUCGUUACGGUCGCUCUACACGAUACACGGUGCAGGGUCCGGCUGCUGGUACACUCGCGGACCGGAGCCUCGGUGGCGCUAAAGGCGGUGAGGGCGGAGGCCGAGGGAGCUGAGGGCGGAGCCCGGGAGGCCGCCCUGCACCGCGCGCUCCGCCACCCGCACGUGCUGCGCUGCCUGGGCGAGCGGCGCCACGGCCGCCUGCACUACCUGUUCCUGGAGUACGCGCAGGGCGGGGAGCUGUUCGACCGCAUCGAGCCCGACGUGGGCAUGGCGCCCGCCGCCGCGCGCCGCUACUGGCGCCAGCUGCUGGACGGGCUCGGGUACCUGCACUCGCGCGGCGUCGCUCACCGGGACAUCAAACCCGAGAAUCUGCUCCUCGACGCUGAGGACCAGCUCAAGAUUUCAGACUUUGGCAUGGCGACGCUGUUCAGGCACGGGUCCCGCGAGCGCCUGCUGUCCCGCGUGUGCGGCACGGUCCCGUACGCGGCGCCCGAGGUGCUGCACGCUCCCUCCCGGCCGUACCGCGCGCCGCCCGCCGACGUGUGGUCCGCGGCGCUGGUGCUGCUCGCCAUGCUGGCCGGCGGUCAGUCCCUCGCCUCACCCGCUCACGACACACGUAGCCACUCCUCGCCGUGUUACAUGUCUAGUAUUGAGUGGCUCCAUUUCCAAUGUGUGUCCUUUCUAAAUACUAAGAGGAACGUUUCUGUUCACGCCCCUCCUAUCACUAUCAUGAUCGUGGGAGCAGUCUCCCGUGUUCGUUCCACAGCAUGCGUCUCUAUCACUAACCCGCACGUCUGUCGUCUCGUCUGGGCGAGUCCCGUCUCUUUGGUAUCCUAG